UGGAAGAAUAGAAGUGGAAGUGCAUAUCGUUUCAACGCUUUUGUUAUAAACAUCGAAUCAAAGUUAUCAACUUAGUUGUUAUAAACAUUGGAUUUGAUGUCAUUAAGGAAGGUUGACGAUCCUAACACCGUGUAUGUAGACAGCGAUACCCUAAUGGAGCGCUCCGGUCCCAGCGCACCGGAAAUUGAGGCCGGCAUGCGGAAGUCAGUGUCGGACAGGCUCCAGCAGUUGGUGGCCGCUGAGCCGGCGGCCUUGGGACCAUAUCCGCUUUCGAAAGAUUACUUAGUAGGAACACCGGAAUCAGGUGAAUCUACAGGUGUAUCUACAGGUGCACCACCAGGUCUCACGGGACAGCCUCCAAACUGGAUGACCUUGAAGCGCAGGGUGCCCUUCACCUUGAAACUGCCGAUUCGCUGGAACGAUGCAUAUGGGACGUAUAACUCUAGCCUAGCAACGGGUCUGAGAAGCGAUAUUCUACCCUCGUUGAAGAACAUUUUCAUUAACACGAAUGGAUAUCAAAAUGUAACUGUCAACCGAUUUAGGAAGGGUGACGAUCCAAACGCCGUGUACGUCGACAGCGAUAUCCUGAUGGAGCGCUCCGGUCCCAGUGUACCGGAAGUAGAGGCAGGCAUGCGGAAGUCGGUGUCAGACAGGCUCCAGCAGUUAGUGGCCGCUGAGCCGGCGGCCUUGGGAGCAUAUCCGUUGUCGAAAGAGUACUUAGUAGGAGCGCCGGAAUCAGAUGCACCUACAGGCGUAUCUACAGGUACACCACCAGGUCCCUCGGGUCAGCCUCACAACUUGAUGCCAUUGAAACGCAGGGUGCCCUUUACAUUGAAACUGCCGAUUCGCUGGAACGAUGCCUAUGGGACGUCUUAUUCUAGCCUAGCAAAUGGUCUUAGAAGCGAUAUUCUACCCUCGUUGAAGAACAUUUUCCGUAACAUGGAUGGAUAUCAAACUGUAACCGUUAACCGAUUUAGGAAAGGUGACGAUCCUAACACCGUGUACGUAGAAAGUGAUACCCUAAUGGAACGCUCUGGUCCCAGCGUACCGGAAGUUGAGGCCGGCAUGCGGAAGUCGGUGUCAGACAGGCUACAGCAGUUAGUGGCCCCUGAGCCGGCGGCCUUGGGACCAUAUCCGCUGUCGAAAGAGUUCUUAGUAGGAGCACCGGAAUCAGGUUCCCCACCAGGUCCCUCUACUUUGCCUCCAAACUGGGUGACCUUGAAGCGCAGGGUGCCCUUCACCUUGAAACUUCCGAUUGCCUGGGAUGAUGCCUAUGGGACAUAUACCUCUAGCCCAGCAACGGGUCUGAGAAGCGAUAUUCUACCCUCGUUGAAGAACAUUUUCCUCGACAUGGAUGGGUAUCGAAAUGUUACUGUCAACCGAUUUAGGAAGGAGGACGACCCUAACAACGUGUAUGUAGACAGCGAUACUCUAAUGGAGCGCUCCGGUCCAAGCGCACCGGAAGUUGAGGCUGGCAUGCAGAAGUCGGUGUCGGACAGGCUCGCACAGUUCGUGGCCGCUGAUCCGGCGGCCUUGGGAGCGUAUCCGAUGUCGGAAGAGUACUCAGUAGGAGCACCGGAAUCAGGCCCUCCUGCCCCCUGGAUUACUAUCAAGCGUGACGUGCCCUUCACAUUGAAACUUCCGAUAGGCUGGAAGGAUGGAUAUGGCUCUGAUAACUCGAGCCUCGCUCAGGGACUGAGGGGUGAAAUACUGCCAUCGCUAAAGAACAUUUUCAUCGACGUGAACGGUUAUCAAGAUGUCCAAGUCAAAGGAUUCAGAGCCGACAAGGACGAUCCGGAAACUGUCUAUGUUGACAGCACUGCCAAGAUGGAGCGCGCCGGUCCCAGUGUACCGGAAGUGGAGGCCGGCAUGCGGAAGUCGGUGUCGGACAGGCUCGAACAGUUCGUGGCCGCUCCGGCUCCGGCCUUAGGAGCGUAUCCGCUGUCGCAAGCGUACUUAGUAGGAGCACCCGCGCCUGGUCCGGCGAAAGACUGGGUAACCAUAGAACGGGAUGUGCCCUUCACACUAAAACUACCUAUGGCUUGGAAAGAGGAGUAUGGCAGCCCAGACUCGGGCGUCGCUCAGGGUCUCAAGGCUGACCUAACGCCAGGGCUUAAAGAUCUUUUUAACGGCAUGGACGGCUAUAAAGAUGUCAAAGUUAAGGGAUUCAGGGCCGGUGAAGAUCCGGAGACGGUGUACGUCGACAGCACCGCACAGAUGCUGCGUUCCGGCCCUAGUGCACCGGAAGUGGAGGGCGGCAUGCGGAAGUCGGUAUCAGACAGGCUCGGAGAUUUCGUUGCCGGCGAACCUGGGAAGCCUGCGGCCUUGGGAGGGCAUCCGGUCGACGACACAUUCACUGUUGGGGAUCCACAACCAGUCAUAGGGGGUCCGAUGGAUCCUGCCGCCGCUUCCGGUCCGUCACCUCUAAGCACUCUUGGUGAAAUCAUUAUCGCGCUGGCGGUAGUGGGCCUCCUGUUCCUGGCGCUGCUUGCGCUUGCCACUUGCCUCAAGCGCUGCCUUGCUGCACGUCAUUUCCGGCGAAUGUCUCAGGUCGCUUACGGAGAGAAAAACCACGGCUUUGAGGGCUCAAACCUCGGUCUUUCGUCGCCGUACACUGAGUUACCGAACGGAACUAGCGCCCUCACUGGCGAACCAAAUUACAACAUGGCGCACCGAGGCUCUACCGCAUCACAAGGCCUCUACAUAGUACCGUCCAGCGUUGCCGGUUACCAAAACUCAAGAAAAUUAUCUCAAGACACUAACGGUUUUCUGCAUACGGCACAUUCCUCAGCGAACGGCCAGGCUAGGAUGUCGUCUGGCGAUAUUUUUGGUUCCGGUAGUCAGGCUAGAAUGUCGUCUGGCGAAAUUCUGGGUUCCAGUAGUCAGGCUAGAAUGUCGUCUGGCGAUAUUCUGGGUUCCGGUGGUCAGGCUAGAAUAUCGUCUGGUGAAUCGUAUGGGUACAGCCAGUCUAGGAUGUCGUCUGGCGAUAUUCUGGGUUCCGGUAGUCAGGCUAGAAUGUCGUCUGGCGAUAUUCUGGGUUCCAGUAGUCAGGCUAGAAUGUCGUCUGGCGAUAUUCUGGGUUCCGGUGGUCAGGCUAGAAUAUCGUCUGGUGAAUCGUAUGGUAACAACCAGUCAAGAAUGUCGUCUGGAAACGUUCUCAGUUUGAAUCAAGCUAGAAUGUCGUCUGGUGAGGCUCUUGGGUACAACCAGACAAGAAUGUCGUCUGGAGACGUCCUCCAUUCGAAUCAAGCUAGAAUUUUGGCUAAUGAGGCUCUUGGUUACAACCAGGCUAGAAUGUCGUCUGGUGACGUCGUUGAUUCCAGCAAUGCACGCAUGAUAUCUGCUAGUAAUGCGCAGGGAUACAGCCAAGCAAGAAAGGCGUCUACCGUCAUGUUCAGCACUACUGAAAACAGAAAGUCGUCUGCUGCACAUCUCCUAGGCAACGGCCAUGCAAUGAAAUCUUCGAGCGAUGGAUUUUCCCACCGUUCCAAUGAACACAGGUCGUCUGCUGCGCAUCUCCUAGGCAACGCUCAGGCAAUAAAGUCUUCGGGCGAGGGAUUUGUUCAUGGUUCCAAUGAACAUAUGUCUUCUGCGGAGACUGAUGAUUUCAACCAGGCAAGAAAGGCCUCCACAAUAAUCAUCGAUUCAAGCAAUCGCAAGCGGUCGUUGGGAGACAUCCUUGAACAGAGCCAAGCUGGCAAGUCGUCCGCUCUUGUACUCGGUUCAGGCGAACAACGAGUGUCGUCUGGUGACAUUCUCGGCACCAGCGCAGCAAGAAGGCCUGCCCUCUAUAACAGGAAGCAAUCAAACGCGGUCACCGUCGAGACCAGGGAAUAUUUCAGAUCAGCUGAAGCGCCAACAUCAAGUGACGCCAAAUACCUUAAGAGCGGACAGUUUGCUACUGUCAAAAGUGCCCAGUACAUCCACGGAGGGGACACCAUCUCGGGUGACGAUCUAAGGCUCAUAAUUAACGAGGAACCGACCGUAACCAAGAAUUCCAGAUACUUUGAGUCCACUGAAAUGGUUUCUGGAGGGGAUUCCAGUCAUAGCGAACAUGCCUUCGGCAACCGAGAGAGCGCGCAGAGAGGCUCCGUCGCGUAUGUUCGUGGCGGCGAAAUAGGUGAGAGCAGCACCGACGUCAAAUAUGUCUUAAUGGGGGAGCAAGCGAUGAGCGAGGAUCUCAAGUAUCUUGAGAGCCACGGCGGAGCUAUUUCCGGUGGCAGAGAGUUUGAUUACGAUAUGGACGGCGAGCCCAUCGUCAUCACCGGGAUCCACUCCAAAGAAGAAAGCAAGAUAGGCGCUUCCAGUGGCAAGAGUAUCGUUUCUGGUGUCACGGGUGCCGCAUUCUGCAGCGUUGGUACCACUUCCGGUGAAAGGAGAACCUCUUCCAGCGGUACGGAGGCGAAAUACGUUUUCAGGGAGGAACACUCUUCGAGUGGCGGGGACCCUAAGUACAUGCAGAGCAACGGCGGCGUCAAUUCCGUUGGGGACGUCAGAUACGUGUACUUCGACAAGAAUAUCCCACUUGACAACUCGGAGUCGAUGCAGAAGAAAGCGGACAGCCACGAUAGCUCCUACAUGAGGUCGUAUAGGUCCGAAUCCAGGCAGUACUGAACCGCGCCUUCAAGGGCUGAUGAGUAGCUUUUGGCUGUGAAAAAAAGAUGUCUGACACUUUUUUUCAAAUGGUGUAAAGGUUGACUUAACUAUUAAGAACUUCACAACGUCUAAACGGUUAGCUAUGACGAACUGCUUUCCCCUUUAAUAACGUAGUAUCUGAAACAACUGUGUAUUUUUUAAGAUGUGUAUUUGAUUGAAUUGUAUGACACAAAAUUGAGCCGCGUUCUGAGAAAACUGGGCAUAAUGCAUGUGCGUAAAGUGUCAUCCCAGAUUAGCCUGUGCAGUCCGCACAGGCUAAUCAGGGACUACACUUUCCGCCUGAACUUGAUUUUCGGCAAGGUGGGACUUCCUUGAAACCAAAAAUACCAUAAAAGCGGAAAGUGUCGUCUCUGAUUAGCCUGUGCGGACUGCACAGGCUAAUCUGGGACGACACUUUACGCACAUGAAUUAAGCCCAAUUUUUUUCAGAACGAGACACAUAUACAUUAUUUUGAACUUUUUCCUGUCAGUCUUGUGUCUGUCAUUUGGAUGAGAUUAUUUAACAUGAGUUUUGUAUAUUUAUAUUGGUAUAUAUUGAUGAUGUGUUGUUUUUUUUUCUUUUAUUUAUUAAAUGAUUAUAGUAUG